AGCUUGCAGAAAUUUGCAAAAUUGAUAUGCAAUGUUUACAAAAAAAACAGUGAUUCAAAGGUAUGAAGCUAAUGGGAUGUAAAUAGACGAAAGCAACCCGGUGAAUAUGGCUUCUUUCUCCGGUUACGAUAGUCUAGCGAUUUUUCUUCUAUUCCUAUUAAGUCAGUAUCAGACAAAAACUCAGGCCAUGAAUAGCAGACUGACUUGUGGCAUGAACAAGGAACUGACUCCGAGCAUGAACAAAGAAAAGGCUCGUGGCAUGGACAAAGAACUGGCUCGUGACAUAAACAAGAAAGUGCCUCAGGCCAUGAAGAAAGAUUUGGCUCAUGGCACGAACAUGGGAUUGCCUCAGAGCAUGAACAAAGAACUGGCUCGUGGCAUAGACAAAGAACUGGCUCGUGACAUAAACGAAAAAGUGACUCAGGACAUGAAGAAAGAUUUGGCUCAUGACACGAACAUGGAAUUGUCUCAGAACAUGAACAAAGAAAUGGCUCAAGGCAUGAACAGGGAAGUGGUUCCGGGUGAGAACGAAAAGAUGGAUCAAGACGUGAACAAAAAAAUGGCUCAGGCUAUGGAUGUAGAAUCACAAGAGAAUGAUAAUUCAACUUCACAGUUAUGCUAUGAUUCAUCUGCGCUUAAUCGUGAUUCGGAUUGUACGAAGUAUUAUUAUCUUUGUGAUAAUGAUGUGUAUUAUAAUCUGAUGACCUGGCAAUGUCCCUUAACAUGCGGGCGUUGUUCGGAUUUAAUUGUUCCAUCAUUUCGUACAGGUAUACUUGCAAAUGGUACCUGCGUUGACCUGAAUGGUCCAAACGGUCGUUCGGAUUGUCGAAAAUAUAUAACACUCUGCCGAGAUCCACGUUACAUUUCGCUGAUGGCAAUUGAAUGUCCAAAGACUUGUCGAUAUUGUUCAAACCAUUGA